AUCACUGGAGAUUCCAUCGUUAGUGCUGAGGCAGUAUGGGAUCACGUCACCAUGGCCAACCGGGAGUUGGCAUUUAAAGCUGGCGACGUCAUCAAAGUCUUGGAUGCUUCCAACAAGGAUUGGUGGUGGGGCCAGAUCGACGAUGAGGAGGGAUGGUUUCCUGCCAGCUUUGUGAGGCUCUGGGUGAACCAGGAGGAUGGGGUAGAGGAAGGGCCCAGUGAUGUGCAGAAUGGGCACCUGGACCCCAACUCAGACUGCCUUUGUCUGGGCCGUCCACUACAGAACCGGGACCAGAUGCGAGCCAAUGUCAUCAAUGAGAUCAUGAGCACCGAACGUCAUUACAUCAAGCACCUCAAGGACAUUUGUGAGCAAGAUGGAUUCUGGAUAUACUCUGAGUACUGUAACAACCACCUGGACGCCUGCAUGGAACUCUCCAAACUGAUGAAGGACAGCCGCUACCAGCACUUCUUUGAGGCUUGUCGCCUCUUGCAGCAGAUGAUCGACAUUGCUAUUGAUGGAUUCCUUUUGACUCCAGUGCAGAAGAUCUGCAAGUAUCCCUUACAACUGGCUGAGCUCCUCAAGUAUACUGCCCAGGACCAUAGUGACUACAGGUAUGUGGCAGCUGCUCUGGCUGUCAUGAGAAACGUGACUCAGCAGAUCAAUGAGCGCAAGAGGCGUUUGGAGAAUAUCGACAAGAUUGCCCAGUGGCAGGCAUCUGUCCUAGACUGGGAGGGUGAGGACAUCCUAGACAGGAGCUCGGAGCUGAUCUACACUGGGGAGAUGGCCUGGAUCUACCAGCCCUAUGGCCGCAACCAGCAGCGGGUCUUCUUUCUGUUUGACCACCAGAUGGUCCUCUGCAAGAAGGACCUUAUCCGAAGAGACAUCCUGUACUACAAAGGCCGCAUUGACAUGGAUAAAUAUGAGGUAGUUGACAUUGAAGAUGGCAGAGAUGAUGACUUUAAUGUCAGCAUGAAAAAUGCUUUCAAGCUUCACAACAAGGAGACUGAGGAGAUACAUCUAUUCUUUGCCAAGAAGCUGGAGGAGAAGAUACGCUGGCUUAGGGCUUUCAGAGAAGAGAGAAAAAUGGUACAGGAAGAUGAAAAAAUUGGCUUUGAAAUUUCUGAAAACCAGAAGAGGCAAGCUGCAAUGACUGUGAGAAAAGUCCCUAAACAAAAAGUUUUCAAGACUCUCCUAGUCCAGGACUGUGAUGAUCGAUAUAUUUUGAGACUCGAGGGAACUUCAUAUGUGGAAGCAAUUGUCAAACUUAGGAAUUUAAUAGUUAUAUUAUGUACAUGA